AUGUCCUCCCUCGUCCGGAACGCCAACGCCGUCGGCGAGGUCACCCCGUCGUUGUUCUCCAGCGUCCACAGCGGCGCCGCAUCCACAUGGGGCUUCACCAAGGCGGCCUUCGAGUCCGCCAACGUGCCAGGCCGUCUGUCCCACGCCGCGAACCAUACCAAGGAAUUCGCAACCGAGCGUGUCGCCCCUGCGGCGGAGCAGGCCGGCCACUGGUGCGCCGAGAACCCCUGGAGGGCCGCCGCCUGCGGUGCUGCGGCCGUCGGUCUCGGGGCCAUGGCAGCCCCAGGUGUCGUCGCGGCCCCCCUUUUGGGUGCGGCUGGGUUCGGGGGCCAGGGGAUCGUUGGCGGUUCGGUGGCGGCGGGUGCCCAGAGCGUCAUAGGCAACGUCGCCGCCUCAAGCCUGUUUGCCACGCUGCAGAGCGCGGGCAUGGCCGGCUACGGGGUGGCGGUGGUCAACACGGUGGUUCAGGUUGGUGGCGCGUGCCUGGCGACCGCUUCGGGCGGGUUGCUCUAUGCCAAGUCGAAGACCGAAGAAGGCGUGAAGGAGGAAGAAACAGUGGAGGAGGAGAAACAAGAAGAAGAAACUGUGAAGGGUGAAUCUUGA